GCCCUAAGUUUACAGAAAAACAGUAAACCCUGCUCAGAGUGAUCAAACACACCAGAAAUCAUGCCCAAGUUCAAGCAAAGAAGAAGAAAGCUAAAAGCCAAAGUGAAAAGAUUAUUUAAAAGAAAAGAAGCCUCUCACUUUCCUUCUAAGCUGGUUACACCUCCCCCUCCACCACCCUCACCAGAAAGAGUGGUUGUUCCUUCAACAGAUACACCCCUUAGCAGAAGCUGGCUAAGACCAUCCUGGAACUUCAAAUUUCCCAAUUUUAAAGAUGCGGUAAAGCUUUGGACAAGUAGAGUAUGGUCUAUAUACAACUGGUUCCAGAACUGCAUGGCCCAGAGUUUAGAAGUAUUGAAAGACACCAUCUUUCCAUCCCGUCUCUGCCACCGAGAACUUCAUAGUCUAAAACAACGGUUUUGCAUUUUGGAAAAUGAAUUCUGCAAGCUCCAGGAAGCACUGAAGGUCAUCUCAGAAAAUUCUUCCUGUCCAAGCUGUGGUCAAACAUGUCACAUGCGUGGUAAACUUAAAAAUGUGCCUGCGUACGCUCUAACCGUCCCUGGAGACUCCGGAGCUGUACUUCCUCCCUCACCGCCACAGCCAGCCAGUCAUCCUCCUCCACCUCCGCCUCCACCCCCUCCGCCUCCACCCCCUCCGCCUCCUCCUCUGCCUCCGCCCCCGCCUCCGCCACCCACAGCACCUUUGCUGCUCAGAAAAUCUGAUCUCACUAAAGCACUUCAGGCUGAACCAUUAAAAAAAAACGGACCCAUGCAGAUAACAGUUAAAGAUCUGCUGACUGUGAAAUUAAAGAAGACACAGAGUUUUGAUGAAAGGAGAAAGCUGAUACCAUCACCAAAGGCACAGAAUCCACUAGUUACUAUCUCUGACCUGCAGCGCGUUUCCCUGAAACCGAAGUCCAAAGUGUUAUCAGCUCGAGUUACAAAUGUCUUAAUUACUCCUGGUAAAAGCCAGUUAGAUCUGCGGAAACUACUUAGAAAAGUUGAUGUAGAGAGGAGCCCAGGUGGAACCCCACUUACCAAUAAAGAAAAUAUGGAAACAGGAACUGGGCUGACCCCAGUAAUGACCCGGGCCUUGAAGAGAAAGUUUCAGCUGGCUCACCCUAGAAGCCCAACUCAAACUCUGCCACUUUCUAGAAGCAGCUUUGAUGAACAAAACUGAUGCCACCUCUGCCUGACUCCAUGUGACGGUGCAUAAAAUAUACAGAUAAAAUUACCCCUUCCUUUUUUUAAUGUAAUAUGUAUAAAUAAUUAUAUUAAUAUAUAAUUCAUUUGAAAAAUUAAAAUAUGUAUGGAGCC